AGCGGCGCGGCCCGAGCCCUUGAAAAUCGGGAUCCCUAGCGAGUGCUAGCCCCCGGCCGCGGGCGACGCCGCUUGCCUUCCGCAGAAGCGCGGACGCCCUUGGAGGAGCCCUCCCUCUGCCCGCCGGCAGGGGCCGUGGGCCUCGGGGCUGGCAUGAGGCGCUCGGACAGCCGCGGCGGCGGUCGGGGUAGCACCCGCCGCCCCGCGGUGGGCGCCGAGGCAGUCCAUCGCCCCGCGGCGGCCGCCGGGGCGGUCUGCCGCACCCGCCGUCGCCUCCGCGGCCGUGGCGUUCGCCGCCGCGCGGGCAACGGCGCGACAGCCGCAGCCCCCCGCGGCCGACGCGCCGUGACAGCCGCAGCCCCCCGCCGAGGCCUCCAGCCUGGAGCCGCGACCGGAGCCGCAGCCGCUCGGGCGGCCGGCGGCGGGCCGGUGGUGGAGCCGGCGGGGGCGGUGGCGGGGGUGAGGGCGAGAUCACCGAGACCAUGGAGUUCCCCAGGCCUGUCAUGGGCGCGGUGAUCGGGAAGGCGGGGGCGACCAUCAAGGGCAUUCGGGCGCAGACGCAGGCGGCCAUAGCAGUCGACGAGCUGCCUGGCGGCGAGCUGUGCGAGUUCAAGAUCCGUGGCACGCCUGCCGCGGUGGACGCGGCCAAGGCCAUGAUCCUCGACGUAGCCAACAACGACCGCUCGGCGGGCGGCGGGCGCGGGGGCGGCGGCGGCGGCAACCACGGCGACGAGUGGGGUCGCAACGGCGGCAAGGGCUACCAGCAGCAGGCCCCCACGCAGGAAGCGGUGAUAGAGCUCCCCCUCGAGAUGGCCGGGCGGAUCAUCGGCUCCCGCGGCUCGAACAUAGCCGAGAUUCGUCAGCAGAGCGGGGCACACGUGAGCGUUGAUAAGCUCGACAACUGCUGCCAGGUGCGAAUCAGCGGGACGCCGGAGCAGAUAGACGUGGCCCAGGGCAUGGUCCGGAAGACGGCGAACUUUGCCAGCGAGCGGCCGCCUCCACCCCCGCCCAGGGCGCCGUCCAGGCUCGAGGACGAGCUGCAGGUGCCACACUCGAUGAUGGGAAAGAUCAUAGGUAAGGGUGGCGAGACCGUGAUGCAGAUGCAGCGCGACAGCGGGUGCAAGAUCGACAUCAGCAAAGCGACGCCAGGCAUCAUUCGCUUAUCGGGAACAUACGAGGAGAUCGCGAUCGCCAAGAGGAUCAUUUCGGAUAUCGUCGAUCAAGGUAUGCCCGGCGGGUAUGGCAUGCCAGUCGGCAAGGGGGGCGGAGACCGCUACGGUGGUGGCGGGAAGCCAGCUCCGAUUCAGGACACGUUGUCCGUGGACCCGUCUGCGGUCGGACGCAUCAUCGGCAGGGGCGGCGAGACGAUAAACUCUUUGCAGAGGGACUCUGGCGCCAAGAUAGAUAUCGACAAGAAUUCUGAGGGGCUGGUGCGCAUCAGUGGCCCUGGGGACGCAGUCGAGCGUGCCAAGAGGGCGAUCAUCGAUUUGCUGAACAGUAGUGAAAGCGGUGGCGGCGGCGGUGGUAAAGGCGGCCGCGGUGGUGGCGGCGGUGGCGGGCCGGACCGCACUGAGAACUUCGAGAUCCCGCCCGACGCCGUCGAGCGCAUUAUGGAGGCCCGGCCCAGGGUCGAGAUGCAGACGGGAGCGCGGAUCGGCCAGUCCAUGGAGAACCCGUGCAAGGUUGUAAUCAGUGGGAGCGCCAGGGCCGUCCAAAACGCGCAGUCGAUGCUGUUAGACAUCCUGGAGCGCGCCGAGCUGGGCGGCCCCCCAGUGAUGGCCGACAUAUCCCUGCCAGGCUCGCCAGCCGCCCCGCCCGCGUUCCCCCCGAUGCCCUUCAUGCCGGGCAAGGGGCUUGCGCCGCCCAUGCCCCCUCCGGAGAUGAUGCAGAUGAUGAUGCAGAAGGGGGGGGGCAAGGCGGAGUUCAUGCAGAUGAUGCAGAUGAUGAUGAUGAAGGGCGGCCCCCCCAGAAAGGAGAAGAAGGCCAAGAGCUCCAGCAGCUCGUCCUCGUCCUCCAGCGGCGGCGCAGACGAUGCAGACGACGGCCUCGACGGGGCCUCUGCGCUCGCGGGGGCUCGGCGCCUGAUGGACAAUGCCCCGCCCAAGCCAUCGUCAGCACCCUCGUGGGGCGAUUGGCUUGGGAAGGGGGGCGCUGCGCCUGUGCUGGGGAACAUCGGAGACGACGAGAUCUGACCGCGCACCACACUCAGCCCCCUCCUCUGCCACCUCCUUCUCCUUCUCAUCCGUCACCCACUGAUCGUCCUCUAACCGCUCCGUCUCCCCAAAUUCCCAGACGCUCCUCCGUUUCACGCUAUACGGUUCCUCGAUGGCCCCCAGGCGAUCCUCCGUCUCACGCUGCGGCGCAGCAUUGCAGUAGUGGCAUGCAGUGCUCGCGGAUGGGGUUGGCAAUGUCGUUGUUGGUGUAAAAGCAUCCUGCCGAUCUCCCCAUUAUUUUCCCCGCAUCCCCUCUUUCCUCCCUCUCC